GGGAGAGCAGCCUGUUUAAAACAGCCUCGGCUCGCUCAGUCAGAGCAGUGCGAGACACAGAGACAGACGCACCCGUUCUCUCUCUUCCUCUCUUCACGCACGCGCGCGCACACACACACAUGCUCACGCAGGCAGACGGCAACUUUCCUCUAGUGGACUGACACCACACACUCGCCAGGAUAGACACACUCCCCUUACUACAGUGGAGAAGAGGAUAACGAUUGACAGCUCUGAAAAAAAGAAAUACAGAAAAAGAAAAAGGUUCCCAGGUGAAGAGGAGGAACGUGCUGACAUUUUGCCCUGUCAGAAAUGGCAAACCUUGUGACAUCGUUGUGCUGUGUAGUUCUGGCUGCAGUGGUGGUAGCCUAUCCUCGAAAUGCUGAUAGGAUCCAGUAUGGACGAAUAGGCAGUGAUGUCACCAUGCAGUGUGGCUCCCUGGACAAUGAUGCAUCAGUAUCAUGGAAGAUGAAUGGGACAUAUGUGAAGGCCCAGCACAGUCUAGAAGGUCCCAGACUGAUUCUGACUAACGUGUCCCUGAACCAUACUGGACUCUACACCUGUUUUCAGAAGCAAGAUGAUGACAAACAUGAAGCCAUCUUUCUCCAAAUUGGAAUUCCCCCUCUGGAGCCUACUAUCACCUGUAGGUCCAACACCUACCCUCAAGGUUUUUACUGCAGCUGGCACCAGCAGCAUUCAACGUACAUCAACACUACAUUUGAUGUGGAAGUACAACAUAACCAGCGUUCACUCGAGGUGAAGAAAGAUUUGUUCCACAAGAACCGCUGCCAUGUACGCUUCCCGGAGGUUUUCUCCAGCUUCCCCUACAAAGUUAAUGUAACAGCCAUCAAUGCUUUGGGGAAAGCUUCUGCCACUAAAACUUUUGAAGAGUCCAGUAUAGUAAAGCCAGACCCCCCGGAGCGUGUGACAGCGACCCCGAUCCGCUUCAACCCUCGGAGACUGGAGGUAUCCUGGCACAGCCCCGCCACGUGGCCUGACAUAGAUAACUUCCCUUUAAAGUACUUCCUUCGAUACCGGCCGCUCAUCCGAGAGCAGUGGCAGCAUGUGGAGCUAUCUGACACUACAUCCCAUAACAUCACUGAUGCCUACGCUGGGAAGGAGUACAUCAUCCAGGUGGCUGCCAAGGACACAGAGAUUGGAACAUGGAGUGACUGGAGUGUUGCUGUCCAUGCCACACCCUGGAUUGAAGAACCCGUGCCAGUUGUUUCCACGACUGAAGUGGAAUUUCAUACUGGUAUAAUGACGGCUGAGACUAAGACCUCCCCCAUGCCAUGCUCCAACGCACCACAGAAGGCUGAACCUCCAGUGGGAGGAGCUGCCACGGUCAUCACAUUUUUCUCCCGUUUGCUGUUAGGAAUGCUGCUUCUGCUGCUUAUGUGAUGUGAAUGUCUUAUUGCUGAAGGCUGAUGUGAAGUAGGAGGACAAAGAAGAAGAAGGAGGAGGCUGGUAUUUUUUCCUGUUUUGCACAUGUUUCGAGGAUACAGUGCAUUGAUCAUUUCGGUCCAUCACACAGUUACUCACCAAAAUUAUUCAGACAUUAGACAACGAUAAUGCGACUCAGCAUUUUGGGAUUAUUUGAUUUGCUGACAAAAAAACGAAGAAUAAAUCUACAGAGGAACUUUGGAAGAUUGUUAUCGGUAUCAUCACCAACAGCAACAGCAGCGACCUGAGAGGCAAACACCAAAACAAGAUUAUUGUCUUACAUUACCCCCUGGUGGAUUUGAUGAGCCACUUUAAACUGAUUUGUCUCAGUUGGGUUUUAGAGGCUCCUCUUCGGCAACAGAAUCAAGGCCACAGCUGACAUCUCUUUUUACCUUUUUUUUCUUCUUUUUUGUACUCACUCUCUUCUUAAGUCGCAGUGAAGUGUAGUACACACACAACAGACACACACACACACACACUGAUAUAGGGCACGUGUAUUUGUGUGUAUACUUACAGCCCCUUAUACAGCUUAAUCAUCAUGCCAAAGACUCCAAUACACCCCCAACAAAGUGGUUCCCACCCAAGUCAUUGAGCUUCCUGAAGCCUGUGCCUGUCUUCAUCAUGGGAUGAAAACCCCAGAAAGUUGGGCGUGCGCACGUGUAUGCGUGACAUCUAAUGGAUGCUGAAACCCAUUACAGGAAUCAAACUGGGGACAAAGCCCUGCAGCCCAUGUUUGUGUCAACCCGCCAGUUAACAAAGAAGUCACAAAUUUAUUCAGUCAGACUCUGAGUCUGCACAUCUCCAACAACUGACAGAGCAGAGUGUUGUUUGUUUUUUUCUUUUUGUUUGUUUGUUUUUGUUUUUUCAACAAGAGGACUAACACUUUGGAGAAUUCAAUAACCAUAGUCUGGCUUAUUUACACAGUUAGCUUUACAUAGAGCUUUCAGAAACCGGCAAGGACGACCUGAAUUGUAAAAAAAAAAAAACAAAACCUAAAAAACAACAAAAAAACCCAACAAAAAAUAAAUAAAAUAAAGUGGAUUUGAGACUGAACCAUUCUUUCCCCACCGUUGUUUUUUAUUUUUGGUUUGACUUUGUAUUGAUGGCAGCAAAGCUGGUUAUUGGAACUCUGAUACAAGCUAUGUUGGUUUUCCAUUCUGCUCUGUGCUGUAAAAUACAGUAACACAAAUCAGUUUGCUUUCUGACUUCUGACGCCUUUACAAACAUUAGAAAUGUCUUUUUGCAGUUUACAUUUCAAUGGCCAAUAUCAGUUACCAGUUAAUAUUAUGUUAUUCACAGGAAUCUUGAAGUGUUUAUUGUAUUUUUUAUGGACAAAUAAUAAAAAGACACGUAUAGGAGUUUAGUUUUUUUUCUUCUCUUUUUUUUCCCAGACAUUCUUAAUGGCUUAAUUCUCUUUGAUCCUAUUUUGUAAACUAUGAUACAGUAUGUAACUUUAACAAUGAACAAAAAGUUUAUUAUUUAAUAAUAAUGUAUGUAUUAGCCGUAGAAUGUCGUAACCUGUACCUGGGGUCUUUUUUAUAGAUGUAUAUACAAUGACAGGUUUCAACCAUUAAAUGUGACCAUUUCACAAUGAA